AUGAGCUAUAUUACUUUACUGUACUUGUUUUGCUUGACGUCUGUUUCGGACGAUGUCAUUUCACAAACUGAUGUGUUGAGCAUAUGGCAGUGCUAUGGCGAUAGUGGAAGGUGCAGAUUUGUGCCAGAAGGCCCACAAAUGCUCAACGACACAACGAAAAUAACAGCUGAAGACUUACCCACGGAAAAUGUGCUCAUCUCAUUGGAUUCUCUUCUAGCGAAAAUUCUUGUUCAAGAGCCUAACACUUCCUUUGGCCUAGUGUUACUCGAGGCUGGUAACACAUCAUACGUUGAAUGGUGGCUAUCGUCAUCUCAAUCGGUCGUUAUGAUGAAUUCUUCGAGAGAGACAAAUCCACCACUUGUUCAAGAAGCCUUUGUGCGAGGCCUUCCAAUCUACCAUUUCAGUGCGUCCGUGUAUGAAGGCGUACCGAACGAAGUGAACGAUGGAAAGAAAAGAUAUCAUAUUCGUUGUGAUGCUGGAACAAGAUCUGCUAAUCGUGAUGCUAUUUUCUCUAUGAGCGGUCACUAA